UACAGAAAUGGGAUUUCAACAUCAAGAAUAUAUGCGGGGACCAAUUAGCAACUUCUGGACAACAGGAAGUAGUAAUAAUGGAACAUCAACUACCAAUCAAAACCGAUCUUUGUCCAUUGUCCGUCCCUGAGAUAGAGCGAACUUACGCCUGGUAUUUCAACAACAUUCAGAGUAUAUGUGGUAACCUGAAGCGCUUUGGUAGAGUCAAAGAUGGCGGAUGGGAUGUAUGUCUGGACGAAGAUUUGGUACAGAAAGGUCACUGUCUAGUUUACUCGUUCGGAAUCGAUUUCGAAUUUAGCUUUGAUGACGGUAUCUCUGAAGAAUGGGGCUGCAUGGUUCACUCAUUUGACCCGAGCAUGAACACAGACAGUCAUCGACGGAGUCCUAAGGUAUAUUUCCACAACUUGGGACUUUCCAAUUUUAACGGAACGACACCGGAGGCAAACUGGAAAAUGUUGACAUUUCAGGGAAUAAGACAAGAACUCAACCACCAAAACAUUAUUCCAGAUAUUAUUAAAAUGGACAUAGAAGAUUGGGAAUGGCAUGUUAUACCGGAAAUGUUGACCUCCAAAGCUUUAACCGGCGUUAAACAAUUCCUGGUGGAAUUCCACUUUUCUAACAUACCGGAGGCGGAUACGGAGGGAUUUUGGAUAUCAAAAUUUUUCCUACUCAAAGAAUUAUAUGCAAUGGGAUUUCGAAUGACCUGGAUUACACGGAAUCUCCUGAAUGUUUGGCAGUCCCGCGUAACGGGAAAAGAAAUCAUUGGUUGUUUCGAGGUAACAUUUAUCAGGAGGUGAUAUCAAAGUGCUUCUUUUAAAAUAAAUAUUAUAAAAUUACAAAAGACAUACCACUGCACAUAGACAUAACACUCUGACAUAGAUAUACCACUAAAUCACAGACAUACCACUACAACACAGGCAUACCACUACAACACAGACAUACCACUACAACACAGACAUACCACUACAACACAGACAUACCACUACAA